ACAAAUAAAUAAUCAAUACUUCACAUUCACUCACUUAAUAACCUCAAAUCAAAUGAGAAGUUGUAUUGAAUUUUAUUUCAUAAACUAAUAAAAACUUACAAAAAUGGAGAUAUGCGUGAAACCAGAAUAUGUUUCAGUAGCUUGCAACAGGGUUCCUGAAAUAGUGGACUGGAACAAUGAGGGCUUGAUGUGCUACGGAGCUUCGAACGCAGUUAUUAUUAACAAUACUAAACAGAAAGGAGGCAACCCUCUCAAAGUCCUCAGCCACCAUCGGGCCAGAGUGAACUCUGUGAAAUGGAUACAAAGACCAGACGGCACUUGUAAUGAGUUCCUCUCGUGUUCAGCCGACAAGACUGCCGCAAUAUGGACCUUAAUUGAUGGAGCAUAUGUAGUCACAAGCUUGGAGGGGCACACAGAUGGAGUUACUAGUGUGGCUGGCCUGUAUCUCAAUCAGAAUGAAUUGGUUGUAUUUACAGCUUCUAUAGAUUCUACUGUACGGGUUUGGAAAAGGUGCACCGGCAUACCCAAACUUGUACAAACAAUAAGUCUGCAUGGGGGCCUGUGUCUCACACUUCACGCACAUAUGCUACCAAAAGUUGGAUGUCCAAUUCUGAUCCUUGCGUUGGAUGACCACAAGGUCCAUAUUUAUGUGAAAACUCCGGUGCCUAGUGGGGUUGGUGAUGUGGAGGAGUACCACAAGAUGCAUGCGCUGGUCGGGCACGAGGACUGGGUGCGGGGGCUAGAUGUUCUAGAUAUUGACGACACAGCAAUCCUCAUAGCCUCAGCUUCCCAAGACACGUACAUCCGUCUGUGGCGCAUACAGCUGCACUCCCCGCGCCCCUCGCCUGAGAUCCGCGUGGAAGAGCGAGUGUUCUCGGCGUAUGGACAGCAGUGGGCCGUGACGUUGGACGCCGUGCUGGCCGGGCAUGAGGGCUGGGUGUAUGGGGUGCAGUUCACUAAGUGGAAGGGUGGGAAAGAAACCUCCCAGCCCACCUACCGGCUUCUCUCCUCAUCCCUAGACAAAACCCUCAUCAUCUGGGAGCCGAGCGCGUCCGCCGAGCAGCGCGGGGUGUGGGUCGAGCGGGUGCGGGUGGGGGAGGUGGGGGGGAACGGGCUGGGGUUCUACGGCGCCCGGUUCGGCCCGGCGGCGAGGAAGUUUGUGGGGCAUGGGUAUAAUGGGUCGUUUCAUGUGUGGACGCUUGAUGAGGAAACCCACCAAUGGCUUCCCUCCGUGGUGUGCGGCGGGCACUUCGGCCCCGUAGAGGACGUGCAGUGGGGGGCGCGCGGCCGCCUGCUCGCCUCCGCCGCCGCCGACCAGACCACUAGAGUGCACGCGCUGUGGGACCGGGGGGACGGUAUAAAAGAAUGGCACGAGCUAGCCCGCCCUCAAGUCCACGGGUACGACAUGUCGUCCCUCGCGCUGGUGUCGGCCACCACGCUCGUCUCCGCCGCUGAGGAGAAGGUGGUUCGAGUGUUCAGGGCACCGCACAACUUUGUGGAGAACUUUAAGAAUAUUACUGGAGUGGAGAUUGAGAGCGAAGAGUGUUGUCCAGAGGGCGCCUCUGUGCCGUCGCUAGGCCUCUCCAAUAAGGCGGUGUUCGCGGAUGACGACAACGGGGGCGGAGCCAAUGACAACGAUGGCUACUUCACACCUAUUACUUUGACAGAGCCGCCCACAGAAGAGACCCUGCAACAGAACACGCUGUGGCCGGAGACGCACAAGCUGUACGGACACGGCUACGAGGUGCACUGCGUGGCGGCCGCGCCCGACGGCGGGAGUAUCGCCACCGCCUGCCGCGCUACUACCAUGGAGCACGCGAGUGUUAUUAUAUGGGAAACCAAAACCUGGCAACAGAUCCAGAAGCUAACCUCCCACACGCUAACAGUCACCCAAAUUGCAUUCUCACCGGACAGCCAACAGCUGCUCUCCGUGUCCCGCGACCGAAGAUGGACUUUAUACCAGAGGAAUCAAGAGUCAAACUUGUUCGAACAGAUCGCGGUGACAGAUAAGAACAAUGGGGUCCAUGGGAGGAUCAUCUGGUGCUGCGCUUGGGCGCAUGACGGGGAGGUGUUCAGUACGGGAUCUAGGGAUGGGAAGGUAUGUGUCUGGUCCAAAACAGACACUCUGAAAGAGUCGUCACUGCGCUAUCACGCCCUUUACAAGACGCCUCUAGAAGUUUCCACGUCAGUCACAGCGCUAGCCUUCGCGCCCCUCCUUCUAGAAGGUUCUAGACUGCUAGCUGUGGGGCUGGACAGCGGGGUUAUCAAGAUGUUUAGCUUCUCACGGGAUGAGGACUUUAGUUUGGUGUAUGCUUUGAAUAACAGUGCCGCCCAUCACCUCACAGUGAAGAGGUUGAUGUUCAACCCGAGGGAGCCAGAGGACAAAGGAUCGAGUAAGGAAGUGUUACUGGCCAGCUGUGGAAGCGACCAUCUCGUCAGAAUAUAUAAUGUUAUCGUAUCUAGUGUUACCAGUUAAAAUAAAUUAUGUUACUGUUACAAAUA